GAGAAAAUAAGACUCAUUCACAACGCACCCUAAGAAGAGAGAUCAAUAUUGCAUUUACACAAAAACAGGCGGAAAUACUGUCAUUUACAGAGACUUUAACUCACUGUUGACCGAAUUUGAGUAAGUUUUAAACACUUUCACCCCAAAUUAAACUUCAGACUGCGGGAAGUUCCACAGGACGGUGUGACUGGGUGAGAAAAUGGCGUCCAGCUCGUUUCUCCCAGAGGAGGAUCUCUCCUGUCCUGUGUGCUGUGACAUCUUUAAAGAUCCCGUCUUCCUGUCAUGUAGCCACAGCUUCUGUAAAGCCUGUCUGCAGGAACACUGGAAACAGAGAGAAUCACAGGAAUGUCCACUCUGUAGGAGAAGAUCUUCCAGACCAGAUCCACCAUGUAACCUGGUCCUGAAGAACCUGUGUGAGUCCUUCUUACAGGAGAGACGUCAGAGAGCUUCAGCAGGGUCUGAGGUGCUCUGCAGUCUGCACAGUGAGAAACUCAAGCUCUACUGUCUGGAUGAUAAACAGCCAGUGUGUUUGGUGUAUCUGGACUCUAAACCACACUCCAACCACAGAUUCAGACCCAUUGAUGAAGCUGCACAGGAUCACAAGGAGGAACUCCAGCCUGCUCUGAAGUCCUUACAGGAGAAGCUGAAGGCCUUUAAAAGAGUUAAACAAACCUGUGAUCAAACAGCAGAGCACAUUGAGAUCCAGACACAGCACACAGAGAGGCAGAUUAAGGAGGAGUUUAAGAAGCUUCACCAGUUUCUACAAGAGGAAGAGGAAGCCAGGAUAGCUGCACUGAGGAAGGAGGAGAAGCAGAAGAGUCAGAUGAUGAAGGAGAAGAUUGAGGGGCUGAGCAGAGAGAUAUCAACACUUUCACACACAAUCAGAGCCAUAGAGGAGGAGCUGAGAGCUGAAGAAAUCUCAUUCCUGCAGAACUACAAGGACACAGUGAAAAAAGCCCAGUCCACUCUGCCGGAUCCACAGCUGGUCUCAGGAGCGCUGAUAGACGUGGUCAAACACCUGGGCAACCUGACCUUCAGAGUCUGGCAGAAGAUGCAGGACAUUGUCACAUACACUCCUGUGAUUCUGGACCCCAACACUGCCCACCCAGACCUCAUCCUGUCUGAGGAUCUGACCAGUGUGACACUCAGUCAGGAGAGACAGCAGCUUCCUGACAACCCAGAGAGGUUUGAUUAUAACAUGUUGAUCCUGGGCUCUGAGGGUUUUAACUCCGGGACACACAGCUGGGAUGUUGAGGUUGGAGACAGUACACACUGGUCACUGGGUGUGUUAACAGAGUCUGUCCAGAGGAAGGGGGGCUUACAGGGUGGAUACUGGGGAAUCAGGUUCUACCAUGGUAAAUACACAGCAAUAUCCUCAUCAGGUCUAGACACUGUACUCACAGUGAGACAGAAACUCCAGAGGAUCAGAGUACAGCUGGACUGGGACAGAGGAAAGCUGUCAUUCUCUGAUCCUGAUAGAAACACACACCUACACACAUUCACACACACCUUCACUGAGAGAGUUUCACCAUUCAUUUGUAAUCGCUGCAUUCUCCACCCUCUGAGGAUCUUACCAGUGAAGGCCUCUGUAACAGUAGAGCAGCACAGUCAUUAGAGCUGGUACCACCUCUAUCUAUAAUGAUUUUUGAUGAAGGAAAGUAAGGAUAUCCAGGUUCAUGUUUCCAUGGAAACUAGGCUUAUUGUUUACGCUGGCACCUAUCUCCUAUUGUUUGAAGUAGCCAAGUCAUGAUCAUCUUAGAUCAUCUCUUGCACUG